AUUAGUUCAAUUUUAAUUAAUAUUUAGCGAGAAUGGCUUUGAAGAGGGAAGCAGCCGUAGGUCUUGGAUUCAUGGUUUCUUUGAUGGCUCUUUGUGGAUCCAGUUAUGGUGCCGUUUACAAGGUCGGUGAUUCUGCCGGAUGGACUGAUCAAGGCGGUGUCGAUUACAAAAAAUGGGCUUCCUCCAAGACCUUCUAUGUUGGUGACAUUAUUGUGUUUGAAUACGACAGAGGCCAUCACAAUGUGAUUGAAGCAUCGCCUGUACGUUUGUUGUCCUGCGACAUCUCAAAGCCGCGGAAGACUUACUUUACUGGCGAAGACUACAUCACUCUCUACAAGCCAGGCGUCUUUUCCUUCACAUGUGGCCUCCCUGGCCACUGCAAAGCAGGCCAAAUCCUCACGGUGUUGGUGUUACCACCGCCUUCUAUGGGCCCAAUUUCAAGGCCAACUCCAACUCCGUCUUGGGCUCCUAGCCCAGACCAAUUCAUUGGUUCACCUUCUACGGGCCAAAUUUCAAGUCCAACUCCAACUCAGUCUUGGGCUCCUUACCAAUCCAGCGAUUCGACUUCUAUGGGCCCAAGCCCAGCCCAAUAG